AUGACGGUCAUUUACAGGGAAUUAUUGCAAGCCAGAGAUCAACUGACGGAACUCCUCAGAGAUCAUUUUCGAUCGGUUCAACAUUCUAAGGGCUUCUUUUAUGCUCACACGAACAAAGGGGGGCAAGUUCUUUACGGUUUAUUGAAAGGGACACUUCCGCGUACACAGGUUCAUAGGCUGCGGCUGUCUACGGGGCAGACAUCACCUUUCCCCAAUGAUAUAGCUGAGGAAUUCCGGUCCUUCUAUCAUUCCUUGUAUAGCUUGUACAAGCUGAAUGAAGUGGACGUGAAUAGACCCACACUGAUUGACAACUACCUGCGGACAUGUUAUGAAAACCGUAUCUCCUACAGCGGCGGAGGCAAUGGAUGGUCCGAUCAAUGA